AUGGACUCGUUGGACUCGGAUAGACUGGGUUCCAACAGCCCGCAUGUUACAGCCACGGCGAUGUCGUUGCCUGCGACUUCCGCCCUCAACCAGCGAAGGAAAAGGUCGGUACUGGUGACCUCAAACAGCUCUGCUGUGGCAGGUCCUGCUCAUCGUAUGUCGAUAAUAUCACUUGGUUCACCGCGAAACUCCAUUGUUUCCGUGGACGACAUGCUACGCACCACGACAAGGAACAACAGUUAUGCCAGCUUAUCGUCGUUGACGUCAACGGCUCCUGCACCAGCGACAACACUUGCCGCAACAUCAUCUCCUCAUGCAAUGCAUCAACCUCCUCCUGCACCACAACACUUGCCCUCCUCUAUGCCCCCAUCAAUAACGUCAACGAUACCAACAACUCUUCAUCCGCUCAACUACUUACAAUCUACGCAUAUUCUGCCUCCAAAGACAAUCCUAUCGGAUGAUGAAGAUGAGGUGUCUGAGGCUGAGAGAAGUUUUUCCAUCAAGGAAAAUUUCCAAUUCAAAUUCGAUUCCUUGGCCUCCAUGGACGGUAAGCCAAGGAAGUCUACAUCACCUGACUCUCCGCUAGAUCUUGUGGGAAACCCCAAUUAUUCCAAUAGUUCUCAUCAUGCCACAAAACUGGCCAUGGGCGGUACUGCUAGAACUUCCAAUUCAACUAGUCUGUCCCCAUCCACAUCACUUAGCCUCGUUCCCGUGGUAAGUCCUACUGCCUCUCCCGUCUCUCUUCAUGGUGGGAACCAGUUGGCGAAGAAAUCCAAACAAUUAAACCCAUCAAAGACUAAUCUUCUUCCUCAAUCGUUUCUUUUCAAGAAGAAGAACCUAUUCUCCAAAGAUCUUCAAUUUGAGUUCUUGGCAAGAAACAGAAGAGAUUUCGACUCGGUGCUUGCUGACUCUGGUGCCACGAUGUCACCUCAUCUAACGAGCACGAAGUCCAAUGGUGGAAUUACGGCAGCUACUACCGAACUGCAAAACUCGCUCAUUUCCAAAAUUAAUAGAAAGUGGAACCAUCCUGCGCUUGAAAGUGUGGGUCCUCCAGCCCCAGAUCGGAAGAAAAAACGGUCUCGUGCAGACCUUGAAGCUGACGCCGAUGAACCUUAUGACUGA